AAGAAAAUGUCAGUCAGCAUGCAUGAAAAUCGCAAAUCUAGGGCCAGUACUGGCUCCAUAAACAUAUACUUGUUCCACAAGUCAUCCUAUGCUGAUAGUGUCCUUACUCACCUGAACCUUCUGCGUCAGCAGCGUCUCUUUACAGAUGUACUUCUCCAUGCUGGGAACAGGUCAUUCCCCUGCCACAGAGCUGUUCUAGCUGCUUGUAGCCGCUAUUUCGAAGCAAUGUUCAGUGGAGGACUGAAAGAGAGCCAGGACAGUGAAGUCAACUUUCAUAAUUCAAUUCACCCAGAAGUGUUGGAGCUUCUUCUGGACUAUGCCUAUUCCUCCAGGGUUAUCAUCAACGAGGAGAAUGCAGAGUCGCUGCUGGAGGCUGGUGACAUGCUGGAGUUUCAGGACAUUCGGGAUGCUUGUGCAGAAUUUCUAGAGAAAAACCUUCAUCCCACCAACUGUCUCGGCAUGCUGCUGUUGUCAGAUGCUCACCAGUGCACCAAGCUGUAUGAACUCUCGUGGAGGAUGUGCCUUAGCAACUUCCAGAGUAUCAGUAAAAGUGAAGACUUCCUCCAGCUGCCGAAAGACAUGGUAGUGCAGCUCCUUUCCAGUGAAGAAUUAGAAACUGAAGAUGAAAGGCUGGUAUAUGAAUCAGCUAUCAGCUGGGUCAACUAUGACCUGAGUAAGCGUCACUGUUACCUGCCUGAGCUAUUGCAGACAGUAAGACUGGCCCUCCUGCCAGCCAUAUACCUUAUGGAGAAUGUGGCCAUGGAAGAACUUAUCACCAAGCAAAGGAAAAGCAAAGAGAUUGUAGAAGAAUCAAUAAGAUGCAAGUUAAAGAUCCUACAGAAUGAUGGAGUGGUCACUAGUUUGUGUGCCAGACCCCGUAAAACUGGCCAUUCGCUUUUUCUUUUGGGUGGCCAAACCUUCAUGUGUGACAAGCUGUACCUGGUGGACCAAAAAGCAAAGGAGAUCAUUCCAAAGGCUGACAUACCAAGUCCACGGAAGGAGUUCAGCGCUUGUGCCAUAGGUUGCAAAGUGUACAUCACUGGGGGAAGAGGGUCAGAGAACGGAGUCUCCAAAGACGUGUGGGUGUAUGACACCCUUCAUGAAGAGUGGUCAAAGGCUGCUCCCAUGCUGGUAGCUCGGUUUGGGCAUGGCUCUGCUGAACUUAAGCACUGCUUGUAUGUAGUAGGAGGACACACUGCGGCAACUGGUUGCCUUCCAGCUUCCCCUUCAGUAUCCCUAAAGCAAGUAGAACAAUAUGACCCUGUGACCAAUAAAUGGACCAUGGUUGCCCCACUGCGAGAGGGAGUAAGCAAUGCAGCUGUAGUCAGCGCAAAGCUUAAGCUGUUUGCUUUUGGAGGUACCAGUGUUAGCCAUGACAAGCUGCCCAAGGUUCAGUGCUACGAUCAGUGUGAAAACAGAUGGACGGUACCAGCCACCUGCCCCCAGCCCUGGCGCUACACAGCUGCAGCUGUUCUGGGUAACCAGAUUUUUAUUAUGGGUGGAGAUACUGAAUUCUCUGCGUGCUCCGCUUAUAAAUUCAACAGUGAGACAUAUCAAUGGACUAAGGUGGGAGAUGUGACAGCUAAGCGAAUGAGCUGCCAUGCAGUGGCGUCUGGAAACAAAUUGUAUGUGGUUGGAGGCUACUUUGGCAUUCAGAGGUGCAAAACAUUGGACUGCUAUGAUCCCACGUUAGACGUAUGGAACAGCAUAACAACAGUUCCCUAUUCAUUAAUUCCCACGGCAUUUGUCAGCACAUGGAAGCACCUUCCCUCGUAAUUGUGUGUAUAUUGCAAUUACAAAUUAUCAGUUUACUCCUUUGUUUGGAGAAGAGAAUUGGAACCUCAGAUCUGGAGAAACAGUUUUAAUGAAGAAAAAUCGUUCAGCGUUUCUUGUAUUUGAAGAAAGUCAUCAGCACCUUGUAAAUUAUCUAACCUACACAUGAAGGAAUGGGAGGGCAAAAAAACUCUGCAGUGCUUCAGCACGUGGUUUAAAUAUGAAUGAACAAACCUAUGAUCUGGUCCUUGUGCUAGUAAUUGUGGAUUAAUGCCAAUAUUAAUCAGUCCUUCAAAGGAGAAAAAGAAGAGACAGAACUUCUCUGAGCUGUG